AUGACCUUAUCACCACCACCGUCAAGGAAUAGCGAAAUGUUUCAACACGAUCUUCAUCAUUUGGUAGCGCAUAACGCCAAUACAUCUUAUCCGCAACCAAAAUACGAUCCAGAUGAAGGUAUUCACAUGCAGACACAUUACGAAUCACCCAUUUCGCAUGAAGAUCAAUACAUGCGCAGACCGCAGCAGACUAGCUACCCAUACCAGCAUCAACACCAAGACUCUGGAUUGGGAAUUCAAUAUGAGUAUCAUGAUUUUCAGGAACCCAUGUAUCAUGAUCAAUACAGCACACCAGCCAGUUCGCCCACUCCUCCAUCCCAAGAUAUGAUAAGAACGAGAAGUGGCCUUACAGGUCAACGAGGUGGACAUCAAACUUUGAGACCCAUACCUGAGGGACGUCAUCGAGCAGAGAAAUCGCCAAAAAUGAAGAAGGCUAAGAAGGAGAAGGUGAAGGCUGAGAAGAAGGUGGCAAAAUUGGAUAAACCGUUGAGUGAACUCACCAAAGAUUGGAAACAUGUUCCAGUUGCCGAUAUCGAAACAUACGUGAAUAGGUCGGCCGACGAGAGACGACGGGAGGUAGAUGAGGGUAAAGUGCCAGGGAAAGUCAAGAGACCAAUGAAUUCCUUCAUGCUCUAUCGCAAAGCAUAUCAGAACCGAACGAAAGAUUGGUGCCUACAAAAUAACCAUCAAGUUGUUUCGCAAGUCUGUGGUGAUAGUUGGCCAUUGGAACCCGAUGCUGUAAAAGAGCAGUUCAGUGAAUGGGCCAGGAUUGAACGUAUCAAUCAUCAGAACGCGCAUCCGGGAUACAAGUUCUCUCCAACAAAACCUGGUGCUGGUAAAGCAGCUAAAAGGAAGAUGUCUGAAGACAUUGCUUCUGAUGAUUCUGAUUUGACUGAUUUCGAUUGGCAAGGAGGAGGUCAGUCAAAGAAGAGACGGAAUCUUCGCAAUCAACAGAGACCCAUGCAGCAACAGCCCGUCAUGUAUCCUACAACCAGAUCUGCUUACCACUACUCUUCGCGCGAACAUUCUAUGGAGCCAAAUUAUGCCAACUAUAACAAAUCCUCGUAUCAAAUUGCGAAUCCGGGAAAGCAGCCUCCUGCUCAGUACAAUCAAGCAGGUAUGCAACCUGGAGAAUACUAUCAGCAGACCAUUCAAAGUAACCCCUUAGUAGCCGGCGUUGAAGAUGUCAUCAUCAAAAAGACGCCAGCUCCAGGUGUUCAUUCGUAUCAAGUUAGUAUUCCGGGAGGACAAGAUUUCGAUAUCAUGCACCCGCAACCUCACUAUACACCUUCGCCUCAGCCGGAUUUCAGAAUAGAUCCUUCUUUGAUGACUCAAGACCACGGUCAUUACGAGAAUAACAAUUAUCAUGAAGGUCAUCCUGAUGGAGUGUAUUUUGGUAGUAAUCAUGAAUCAGAGCAGGCAUGGCAAGCUGGGUACGGAAUAAAUGAUAGAGAGAUGGAUCCUGCUCUUCAAUAUCUCCCCGAACAGCAUGUCGACAAAGGACAAAUUCAUGAUCAACAGAUGGAUGUUUUGCGAGGACAUCAAGAAGGAUGGCAGAUUGAAACGCUGGAUAGUGGUCGAGAGUUUGAUAACUGGAUGGGAGCUGGUGAGGAAUAG